CAAAAAAAGAAGUACGCUUCUUUUUCAUCUUCAAAAACAUCACAGACUCCUGUGUCGCAGAGAGAGUCUAGCAGCAAGAACAACAUAAGAGAGAGAAAGAGACAGAGAAGCAAGUGUCUAGUGGUCAGAAAAUGGAAGGAUUUAAGAAAGAAGAAAUAAGAAAAGGGCCAUGGAAAGAGGAAGAAGACGAAGUACUGAUUAACCAUGUUAAAAAAUAUGGUCCCAGAGAUUGGAGCUCCAUUCGAUCCAAAGGCCUUUUACAUAGAACUGGCAAGUCUUGUCGUCUUCGCUGGGUUAAUAAGCUUAGACCCAACUUGAAAAAUGGGUGCAAGUUUUCAGCAGAGGAAGAGAGGGUGGUUAUAGAUUUGCAGGCAGAAAUUGGGAACAGAUGGGCAAGAAUCGCUACGUAUUUGCCGGGAAGGACUGAUAAUGAUGUGAAGAAUUUCUGGAGUAGCAGACAGAAGAGGUUGGCUAGGAUUUUGCAGACUUCAGGAACACCACCUUCCUCUUUUAAUUCCAAACAACAGAGGAGUAAAAAUAAAGUUCCUGUCUUUCUGGAUGUUCCCACAUUCGAGGCUCCAAUGUUCAGUUCUUCAAUGGAGGAAGAGGUAUCCUCGAAGGCUUGCUCAUCAUCCUACUUGGAGAACCCUGAACAGAUAAGAAUGAUGCCAUUACCGCCAUUGUUUAAAUCUGAGUUGCCAGGCUGUGAUGCAAAUCUUGUUCAAUACGAGCCCAUGUCUGGAAUUCCCUUCCCUCAAAUCCCACAGCCCCAGCCAGACCUAGUAUUCUCCCCAGAAAGCCAUGAACUCCUGGCUAGGCUGGAUGACCCUUACUUUCUCAAUGUGCUUGGAACAAUAGACGCUCCUGAACUCGGAGAUACAGCACAAUUUUCACUUGGGCCUCCAUUGUUUGAUCCAGUAUCAAGUUGUAUGAAUAGUCCAAGUGAUGUAAAAAAUCCUGUGACCCCAGAUACCCUCUUCGAUGAGUUGCCACCGGACAUGUUUGAUCAUAUUGAGCCGUUUCCAAGUCCUUCAGAGUGGUGAAAGACUGAUCACAAGGCUGUUUUUAUGGGGGUGUAGAAGGAUGAUUUAUUGAAUAGUUUCUU